GGGGCCGAUCCAAGCACAUUCAAACCGAUACCUGAAAGCAGCAGAACAGAGACCCUGGCUGUGACUGUGGUUCAACUACUACCAAGGUAUUCUUGCGUAAUUCCCGCCUUUUCCCUCUCAUCUUGACUGCUGCUGGAGUCCUGACUUUCCCGACUGCGUUUAUAACAAGCGGCCAUGCACGGUUCGAGAGUCUAAUCCGAUUGAGGACCGCUUUCACUACUACUUACUGUACUAUUACUACUACUAGUACUCCAUACUCCGUACAAUUUACUACUACUCAGUACUACUACAGUACCGCCACCUUUACGGCCUCCAUUGUCCCUAUUCUCGGCUUUCCUCCUCUCUGUUCUCGGCUCACUGAAGACUCGGCGCUCUUCCCCUGCACUCGUGAUUAAUCACAAUUAUACCCUUUCUUGUCCCUUUCUGCACUUAUAUGGCUAUGCCAUUGCCUUUCACCAUAUAACCCUCCUCAUGGACGAGGGUUCUGAUUCCAAAGCCCCUCGCCGGAAGAGGGUCUCUCGCGCCUGUGAUCGGUGUCGGAGCAAAAAGGACAAAUGUGACGGGCUUCGUCCGGCCUGCUCGGCCUGUCAGGCUUCGGGCCAAACAUGUUCCUAUGAUCCCCACGCAAAGAAACGUGGCCUACCAGAGGGUUAUGUUCGCGGUCUGGAGAAGCUGUGGGCCCUGUCGAUCUGCAAUAUCGAGGGAUUCGAAGACACCAUGCUAGCUUUGCUAGGCACUACAGCUGAAUCGAUGCAUCGGAGGAACAAACUCAUGUCACUCUGGACCGAUGAUAGCGCCUCUGAAUCCCUGCACGAGUCAUGGAAGACGAGUCGCUUGUACGGUGCGCUCGAGAAGAUGCUGUCCAAUUCUGAUCCGUCGCCACUGCCAUUGGGAAAGCGGCCUCGAGACGACCACGAAAAUGGCUCGACCGGUUCGGGCGCAGAUUGGGGAUUUCGCGUUGAUCGGACCUCAGCGCCUCAAUCGGCUGAAGCGCCGCGCGUGGUUGGGCCGCUCAGUCAUACCCACGCAAAGCGACCAAAACUGUCAUUACCACCUGAGAAUCAAGCUCCGUUCCAUAGCAGCAACAACGGAACUCAUGCGCUCCAAUUGCCGCCGCAGACCUCGCAGCUACUGGAUGUGUAUUUUGCUGUCACCCACUCGUGGUUUCCCAUUGUCGCGAAGCACAACAUUCUCCGUGCCUCUUAUUUGUACGCAGGCGCGCCCAUAUCUGUGGCGAAAAUGGCGCCCGGUUCAGGCGACCAUGCUGCCCUGUGGGCAUUGCUUAGUUAUACUGUCUCGCAGUCCCGGACCAACCCGCAGGACGGGUCUUCCGGAGUGCUCGCUCAGACGAGAAAUUAUUACUCUAUCUCUCGCUCUUUGGUUCCAUCUGAGACUGAACGCUACGAACUUGGACAUGUGCAGGCACUGCUUUUACUCACCUUGGUCAACAUCGGAUUAGAAGAUUGGACGGCUGCUUGGCUGCUAGGUGGGCAAGCGGUACGGAUGGCUAUCUCCAUGGAUCUAGGCGUCUUCACAGAUGUGCGACGAUCUGACGAGCUACGACAAGGCAAGGCCGUGUUUUUAGGCUGUUUUAUUCUAGACUCGUUGCUGUCGUUCCGCAUGUCGAGGCGACCCUCUAUGCAUCCUCGGGAUCUUACCCCAUUGGGCUUGUUGGAAGAGGAUGGUUUGGAAGAAUGGAACUCUUGGGCAGACGUGCUGCCUCCUACAACAGUUGGACAGGGUAAGAGUCCGCGUCGGGGUCCACUCCUCGCUCUAAGCUGUUUCAAUCGACUGGUCGAGUUAGCUAGCGUACUGAACAAAAUCGCUCGUGACUUUACGCCAGGGUCGGGCGCACCACUCUUCGCUCAGCAGCUGGUUUUCGAACUCAAGCAAUGGGACGAUCGUCUGCCACUAGGGUGCCGUUUGAUUGGCCCUGAAAGCAUUUACCCGGAAAGACAUUCCGCCUUGCUUCCUCAUCAGAGUUAUCUCGGACUGACUUAUGUCGCCACUCUUUUGUGGCUCUAUCUACGCAUUGCUCCCCAGGAAUUAGGAUUGUCUCAGUCUCAACGUCCAGCUGUUGAAGGUGCGAAAAAGCUCCUUUAUCGGGCACUUCCCAUUAUCACUCAGCAUCUGGAGAACUUUCAGCUCUGUGGACUGCCGCCUUUGUUCGAGCUCUCUCUACGAACAAUAGCCGAGCAGGCCUUCAUCUUGCGCAACAAGAUUGAGUCUGACAUGUUCCCUUUCGCACAAUGGGCGGAAGCAUUAAUGGAACGAACAAAAUUGCUGGGAACUAUCUGGCCUGUAUAUCGCUCAUUGUGUACUACUAUCGAUCACUGGAAUCGUUCCAAAGAUCUCCCUGGGACUCCGAUGGCAUUUUUUACAGGUGCCGAAACGGAGGUUGUCCCACGUUUGCCACACGGAGUCACUAGUAAUCUAUUCCCGCCUGCACCUGUACCCACUUCGUCAGUGGGGUUCGAAGCUAUUACCGGGGAGGCUUCUUUAGGUGCCCAGAUGCGAAGAAAUGUCGCUGGCCUGCGCGAUAGUGCUCACACGACACCCAUCACGGGUAUCAGCAUCCCAGUGGACGGACAGUAUAUGACGCCGAAGGACCCGGCCAUGGAGAACUCAGAUCUUUCGAUGAUCGAUGCGUCUUUCCCAGUUUCUACGGGAAGGCCGGCAGCUCAUCUUGACAAGUCCAGUCCGGCGAAUGGAUUGAGUGCGGCUAUGGCCCGGGCACCACAUUCCCACCCAGCAACCCCCGAUUCCUCCGGUUCAACGUCCAUGAUGCCGGGUCUCGUCGGAGCACCGAGUGAUCGUUCCGUUCCCCGGAGCGAUCAAAUAGUCCCUGUACAUACUCGAACAACUAAUCCUGCGGAGUCUCAUAUUGGACCAACAGGCGAUAUCGAUGCUAUCUUCCGAGACCUGGCUUACCUCGAUACGACAGAAUGGACUACCAGUCGCGAAGCAGCAUUGAAGGAUUUUGGCUUCAUUGACGACAGCACGUUCCAGGCAUUCUGCCAUGAUCCAGAUCGCCUUGCUGGAUCCCAACCAUUGGUUCAUCCGCCUUCGAUUGCGGAUAUAUGGCCACCUCCUGGCUUUUUCCCUGAGACGUUUCAAGAACCAAUGGAGGAGACAAUGGAGGGUUAGCUAAGAAAUAACUCUUUUGGAAUAACUCUGCUCGAGGAAUCAUGAUCCGAAAAUUUAAGGAUUCUGAUGUCAAAAGCAGCACUGGAUCACCCGAUUUAUCUAGUACAGUACACCUGUGUCUUUCUUAUCUAGUUCUAUUUUGAUACCCAAUGCAAGCGCACUACAAGUAUAUGGCCUCAUUGGCUCGCCUUGGAGGUGGGCUUGUCCUGCAUUCUACAAACACAACAAAAUCAAUCAAAAAGGGCCA